AUGUUGUUAGCUAAAUUAAAAUCAUCGAAAAUUUUCUUUCGAAAUACACGUAAAUCCCAAUUAACUUUUAUUCCACUGAGAAAUAUUCAAGUAUCUAUCAUUGGCUCCGUUGGUGAGGUUGGAUCUAAUUUGGCUUUACUAUUAAAACAGAAUCCAAAGAUAUCGAGACUACAAUUGUAUGACGAUAAUGAAAGUGUGAAUAAACUAGCAUUAGAAUUGGACUGUUUACCGGGCGGACCUACCGUGUCGGCUUUCGCUGGUCCUUCCAUGUUAUGCCCGGCGAUACGAUUCACAGAUCUCAUCCUAAUGGUCGACAGGACACACAGGAAACCAGGUAUCAAAAGGGAACAAAUGAUUUUUGCCAACGCUCCACCGGUCCAGAAGCUUUGUAGAGCAAUGGCUGAACAGAAUUCUAAGGCAUUUCUAGCUAUGACUACAAGUCCAUUAAACUCAAUAGUACCCUUUGCUAGCGUACUUUUACUUAAUUAUGGUAGUUACAAUCCAUUCAAAGUGUUCGGUAUUACGCAUCUCGAUUUAGCGAGGACACGAUCUCUCGCUGGGAAUGUUUUACAAGCGAAUCCAACGGAAUUACAAAUCCCGGUCAUCGGUGGACACUCUGAUGAAACUAUAGUGCCUCUGUUUUCGAAUAUCUCGCCGAAAACAUACGAAGUAUCCGAACGCCAAGCUGAUAUGUUGACAAGACUUAUAAGAAAAGCUGGAGUUGAGGUUAUCAAUAAAAAAUAUGGUACCGAAUCUGCCUCCUUGUCAAUGGCUUGGUCGAUAAAUGAAUUUGUGGAUUGUAUUUUAGACGCGUUACGUGGAGCUGAAGUGACUGUAAAUACGUACACGGCGAAUCCUCAUUUUGGAACAAAAUUUUUCUCCGGCCCGACCGUAGUUGGUGCUCAAGGUUUAGUUCAACCAUGCUACGAAUUCAAGUUGAACGAUUUUGAAGACAAACUUUUGGAAAAAGCUAUUCCGAUGAUAAGUCGAGACGUAGCCCAGGGAGAGCAAUACGUUGACGUGUUUGAAAGUUUUGUGAAGAAAUUUUAA